UAAUAGUCUCCAAGUAUCUGAGUAGAAAUCAACAAACCUGUAUUUUCAUACACAAUUGUUUUGGUAUCGCAAAGAGAACGCACCAAUGAAAACAUUUUUGGACUGGGGAAUCAAUUACAGACAAUGAGUGAAUAUUGGAGAAGAAGUACCCGGGGGGCGUAUGAUCAGAUGCCAGAAGUGGUGAGAAUAAAAAAGAAGAGAACAAAGAAGGAUCUUGAUCACGUGAGACGCAAAGUACUGGAUACAAGGAAGAAAUCGAGAGAAAAAUGUGGGAGAGGAAAGGGAUUUCACUCUAGACUGGAUAAUUCAUUGACGAAAACCCUGAGUCAAUUUACCCGGGCACCUGAAAACAAUGAUGAUCUGGAUUCAUUGAUAAAUAACCUAGGGAGAGAAAGAACGUUAUGUGAGCGACUCCUCCCUGAGACAUCCAUUGGAAAUUAUCGCAAUUAUAUAAGUGGGAAACAAAUGUAUAGAACGAAUGAAACGUCUGGUAAAAAUGGAGGACAGGUGCCAGGAGACGUCGUGACGCUGAUGAACAAGGAGGAACAACUAUUCAAAAAAUCUGAGGACGUGAGAGUAGAUGAUGAAAACGAAUUAGACUCUCUGAAAGCAAGAAGACAGAGUGCCAGAGCCACUGGAUCUAAUGGUUGUAAACACCAAUUGCUUACUGAAGAGGAAGGAUUCCUGGUCAACAAAAUUUAUGCAUCCGAAAAGGAGUACCUGAAGAGCACUGGAGUCAAGGGUAAUAAUUCGUCGUCGUCAAAGAAUUUAUCCAGGGAAAAUCGUAAUGCCAUUGCGAAUGAAUACAUCCAGUCAUCGAGAGGCUGGUCUCCGGUAACAUGUUUCGAAGAAUUCUGUGCAGAAUUCUGUAUCAAGGGCUUCGUCAACUGUCCACUUGAAUAUUUUCCCGCUCCGACAAGAAAAAUUCAAAUACUUCUGAGGGAUGUGUACAAAGAUUCCAAGCAUUCCACUCGCAAUUCUAACGCGUCAACCAAAAAUUCAGAGUUUUUCACAUCAGAAUUAAUAGAAAAAAAUAAGACAGGAGUUCAGAAUUUUUCACGAAAAUCACAACGAGGAAAACAGUCGGCCGAAAGGGAGGAAUUUAAGAUGAAUAAUGAAAUUAUGAAUUCCUGGCCAAGUCCCCGAUGUGAAGACGAAGAAAUUUCUCCACUAAUUCCAUUAAUUAGUGAUUGUCAUGGUGAAGUUAGGAUUGAAAGGAAUGACCACGAAUUAUUAAAAAAGGAAAGCAAAUUGAGAUUAGCUGUGAGUGAGCCAGGGAAUUCCAGACAUUUCUUCAGAAUUCCAGAAGAAUCGGUCGAAGAGCCACGGAAAAUUAAUGAGUUUAAUUAUUAUUCAGGUGAACCAAUGAAAUGUCCAGCUGAUGAUGGAUUAAAUCAUCCAUCAGGUGAGGCAGUCCCUUUCUUUCACGGAAAAUCUAAUAAUCACUCACCGACUCUCACCUCAAAUCAUAAAUCCAUCAAAAAUGCUCACGAAAUAAUCUAUAAACCGAUUAUCGUACUCCGUACCGAUUGCUGUAAUAAAUCUAGUAGGCAAUUGAAAUUGGAUCACACGAGAGAAAAAAGCAAGAGAAAUUGUAAAAAAUUUAAUCCGAACGAAUCGGCAGUCAUGGAGAUUAACGAUUUAAAUAGAAAUGAAUCAGAUGACGGUGAAUUUUUUAUUGAUUUCGAUUUAUCACGCAAAUCUUCUCAAUUACCUCGACACGGUAAUCACUUCAACGCAUGUGAUAACGAUCGAUCGAUAUCACAACCUGAAUUGAAGAGUAGAUCGCAGGAUCUGGAGGGGUCGUAUCAGAGAAGAUUGAAUCGUUCUGACAAGUGGAAUAAAUCAUUGCAUAAUGAAUACAAAAAACCUGAAACACAUGACAAUUUUAUGGAUCAUACCGAUACAAUGCGUCACACAAUCGUUAAUGAUUGGCAGCCAUUAUCGUUUCAUGAUAAUUAUUUGAAUCGGGUAAUUGGAAACGAAAGGGUUAAUUCAAGGCACAUGCCAGUGAAAUAUUUUGCAGCGGAGAACAGAGAUCUACUGGACUGCAAUCCACGACGAGUGCCAGUUUAUCCACGUGAAUGUUAUUACAAUAAUAACGAUUUUUCGUAUAAUGCAGUUAAACAUCCGAUUUGUCCGGGCGUAUAUGGUGACCAAUUUAUCGAAUCUCUAAAUCCCAAGUCACAAUGUCGUCAAUCGGAAUUGCCACGUGGAAGAUCAUGGAUUGAUUUUCGAAAUGGCGAUUUAUCCCUCUCAAAUCAUUACAGUCAUUAUGAUAAUUCCAGUAAUUAUCAACGAGAAAUGAGGAAUCUGGGUCGAAUUAAAUCGAAAAAUCGCAGAGAUGCUCGAGCACAUGGCGAAUUUCUCUUCGAUGACACCAAGAAUUAUUACUAUUAAGUCAAUAAUUGAUUAAUUAUUCAUUUUUUUAAUUAACUCAGUUAAUUUCGUCAACUACUGUAUAUUUGUGUCGAUUUUCCGAUCUAUAAUUUAGGGAUUAUCCCGAGUUUUCACCUAGUUAUAUUGUUUUUUUGUUUAAAUUUUUCAAGAGAUGUUAUUUUGUAUUCAGUUGAUUCGAUUAUC